GCAAAAGAAGCUCGGAAGGAUUCAAGGAAACCUCCAGCAUCUUAGAUAAACAGCCUGAAAAGGUGUGAAACCCAGCGAGAAAACAGCUGUCAUAAUACCGAGAAGACCGUAAAAAAAAGAUCCGAUUGAGUCCUUCACACAGCGAGGGUCAACAUGUCUGAGACAUACGACUUCCUGUUUAAGUUCCUGGUGAUUGGCAGCGCUGGGACGGGGAAAUCCUGCCUCCUCCAUCAGUUCAUUGAGAACAAGUUUAAACAGGACUCCAACCACACCAUCGGCGUGGAGUUUGGCUCCAGAGUGGUCAACGUUGGCGGAAAGACGGUUAAACUGCAGAUCUGGGACACUGCUGGGCAGGAGCGAUUCCGUUCUGUCACACGCAGCUACUACAGAGGAGCAGCUGGAGCGCUCCUCGUCUAUGAUAUUACCAGUCGGGAGACAUACAACGCCCUCACCAACUGGCUGACAGAUGCAAGGACGCUGGCCAGCCCUAACAUUGUUAUUAUCCUGUGCGGCAACAAGAAAGACUUGGAUGCAGACAGAGAGGUGACCUUCCUGGAAGCGUCGCGCUUUGCUCAGGAGAACGAGCUGAUGUUCCUGGAGACCAGUGCUCUGACAGGGGAGAAUGUCGAAGAGGGUUUCCUAAAGUGCGCUCGCACCAUCCUCAACAAGAUAGAUUCAGGUGAGUUAGACCCAGAGAGGAUGGGUUCAGGUAUCCAGUAUGGAGACGCUUCAUUGAGGCAGCUGCGACAGCCGAGGGGCACCACCACACAGAAUAAGCAGCAGUGUAAUUGCUAGGGAUCGGGGCCCCGCCCUCACCUCGGCCAACAGCUCCACACAGACAGGACGCCCCCUACAGGUGUUUUCUGGUGUGUGGGACCUUUCUCCCUGCAGUCUCUCACACCUCUGAUCACCUGGAUGAGAUCGCGGCAACCCUUGACCCCUGACCUCUGGUAAGACUCUAUUGUAACCUGAGGGGGUGAGCUUUGCCCCUGGUGGGCAGGGAAACCCCUCGGUGUGAACCCGCUGGGAUCAUAACGAAGAGGAAUCUUCUUCUCAGUGACUUACCAGACGAGGCCUGGUCGAGGCUUGUGUGUGUGGGCUGCCUACUGUUGUUCUCUCUGUGUGCUUUUCAUCCUGGUUUUAGUAACACCUAUAUGCUUUCAACGUUUGCACAUCAUUGUUUGUAAAUUAUUAUUGGUAAACUAUUUUUUUUGCAUAUUCAUUGUUUAACCUAUCUGGAUGUGAUUCAUGGUUAGUUUGGUUCGUGCUUUUUUAAGUUUAAUGAUUUCUUAAGGCACCUGUUGAUGUUUUGCUUUUUAUGACCCAUUUUUUUGAGUUAACUGUUUUUUCAGCCUCUCAUUGAUGGUGACUAAGUGAUAAACAGUCAAAGCACGUCCUCUUAUACGUAAAAUGAAGUCAGCCUGAACAGAUUUUGGUUUAGAAUUCAUGUAUAUAUAUAUAUAUAUAUUGAGAACCAGAUACAGUGUAAAUCUGUGUGAAGGUUUCUGCAGCUGUUGAUGUUUCCUGAUCCGAAAGGAAGCAGCUGCUUGGUGACUUUAAGCAUAGUAAACAUUUAUAGAGUCAUACAGGCCCAAAUGUAGAGCCCAGUCCUUUUAGCCACUCUGAGAUGUGUGCUACGUUGAGUCAUUUGACUUUUUGGUUUGCAUUAAAAUGCACUAUUAUGACAUAGAGUAUUGGCCUUAGUAAUAUACUUGAUAUUGUGGAUCUACAGUAUAUUAUUCCUCGUCACCGUACAUGUAAACUGUCAAAGGCUAUGGUCCAGUCAGGUAUAAAGCACAAAAAAAAAGAGGUUUGAUCUUUAAUUUUACUCCAAAGUUCCCAAAGUGUAUAUUUUUGCAGCAUUUAAUUAAAGGGCCGUCCGCAUCAUGAAUGAUAACUAUAGCUGUGUGAGCAGCCACACUGAUGAAUGUUGAUUAAGCAUUUAUCUAUAAUUAUUCUUAAUGAUAGAAAUAUGAAUAACAGGAAUAAGAAAACAGCUGUGGUGUCAUGCAUCUUUCAGAAUAAUGGAUGUGAGAAGAGAUAGAUGCUCUUAAUUUCAAUAUGUACACUUUAUUACAGUUUGUUUUAUAUUAUAUAGAGUUUUGAUUGGCUGUCAGUGUUUUUAUUGUUCAUUAAAUUGCUCUGAAAGUGAUUCCAAUGAUACCGUUCAUCAUGGACUUCGCCAUCCACUUGAGUAAGAAUCAUUUUUAAAUCAAUAUAUUUAUAUUUCUUGUUAUAGUUACCGUUUUUGGUGUGGACAGCCCUUUAUCCCAUGGUAAAGCCCCAGUGUCUCUGCUCCUAUCCUAUCCUAGUGUAAGGUUAAGAAAGGGUCAACAUUUUUUUUUAAAACUAACAAUGCCUUUGACUCCUCCUGCUUGGCUUUUUUUCUCCAUUUUUUUUUUUUUUAAACCUCCCCUUUAAUUCACGCUGCACAUUCUGUGAAAGGGACGUCACAGGAAACCACAGUUGGUUUUGCUUCAGUGCCAUGUUUGGGGAAACUUUCUUGCUGCCCACUCAGUUCCCUCAUCGAGGUCUGACACUGAUCCACUUGCAAGGUUGUAAGUGCGCCUUGAUAAAAGUCAGAAUGCUGUUUUUAACCUUCCAAGUCAUUUUUUAAAAUUCUCUUUGUCGAGCAAAGAAGCAAAUCUUCUCCGCUACACAAAAUGUCACCGAGUUUGCCAGAUGUUUUUUCCUUAGGACAGACCCUGUGGUGCCCCAGAGACAAACAGGGAAUUUCCACUCAAACAUGGUUUCCUCUUUCCAUGCAGCACUGACAACAUGGUUUGUGGUGCUGCCCGAGGAGGACAAGGUUGAGAGUUAAUACGUUAAAAACAUCCCGCCCUGCUGUUGAGUCAAAGGCACUUCUUCUGUCUGAACCACUGAGAGCAGCUCACACUGACCCGAGCCAAGAGGAGAUGAAAACAAACUGCCUGCAAAACUUAUUUCUCAUGUCUUCUCCUCAAGUGUUAUAUAAGCAUAUGUCCUCCCAGACAAACCAUAUGCGUUUAAACCUCAAGUGUGCCAGCACACUGAAGAGAAAAAGAUGGCGAGCUGUGUAAACAGGAGAAUGUAUAGGAUAUCAAGAGACAGAUGGUCAGAAAAUAUUUACUUUUUCCUGAAAUAUUGGCAUUGUGUGAUUUUGUCUCCUUCUGCAAGUGCACUUUUACUUUUGAAUUUCCAUGUUUUGUUCAUAUGCUGCAACUAUAGAAUUGUACAUUUUAUUUUACUUGAACCGUAUACUGUAAUAAAGAUUUUAAUUAUAGAUGUUAUCAUUUCUUACUACAUAACAACUGAGGUUUUUAAUUUGGCUUCCUUUGUUCUGUUCUCUGAGGUGUUAGUUAGUUUAUUUCCAGCUGCUGACGUGAGAGGAUGUUGACUUCCUGCAGCAACUCUAAUCACGCUUCUUCACAAGUCGCCAUUUAAAAUCAGUUAUCAUUUAAGUGGUUGAAUGCUGUUGAAGCAUCAGUUGCAAUCCUCUGCAUUAUUGUACAGUUGAUUAAUAUAGCCAUAGGAUAAGCGUCAAUUUCUCACUUCCUGGAUUCUGGAUUCAAUCAUGUGAUGAAACGCAAUCAUACUCAGUUGUUGCUUAGUAAUUAAUGUUAUAUAAUCAUCCCAAAAUACUACUGUACAUCUCAAGUAACCUAUGCUGUAAAUAAGAUUUGUCUAUUGAGGGUGAGUGUUGCUCAUUGAUUGUAAUGAAUAUGCAAUUCCCAGUAAACUGCUUGUUUUUUCAGUUAA